ACGAUGGGUGAUAAUUUAAAUAAUUUUCACACUGUCCAACUCAAAGAUGAAAUUCUAAAAGAAUUAAAAAAUGACCUGAAAAGGAUAAAAGUUGAUGACAAUUAUAUUGAUGAAAAUAAUGCUCAGGAUAAGCUUGAACAGUUAAUUUCUUGGAUGAGCUCCACCCCAAAAAAUAUUGUUAUUAGAGUAAACACAAUUUUAUGUGAACCAUCGACAGUUCAUCAUAAAAUUAAUGAGUUUCUUAAACAGUAUUCGAGACCUCUUCCGAAUAUUAAAACAUUUCCUCAUGUUGAAGAAUUAAUUGUUAUCAACAGCUGGGAAGGUAAUAGAGGAUCAAAAUUGACAACAGUUGCUAAUGAAUUGAUUGUCGAUGCAGCAUGUGGUGUAGCAGUUUUACGAGGUGCACAUAUAUUUGCACCUGGAGUAUUGGGCAUGCCUCGUGGAUUAAAAAUUGGCGAUAAAGUUAGCGUGUAUGCAGAUCUUAAAAAAAAUUGUAAAAAAGGAUUAGUUAUUAAUUAUGACAUUAACAGUAAACUGUUUAUUGGCAAUGGCAUAGUCAAUUUAACACGAGAUCAAAUAUUUGCAAAUUAUGAAAAAUCUCCAAGUGGUAUAGCCGUUUUUAUGUCUGAUACUAUAUCACAUGUUCCCCAAUUAAACGAGGAAAUAUUACCCAAAGGUCAAAUUUUGCUUCAAAAUUUACCAUCUGUCAUUUGCUCUCGAGUAUUGAAUCCACAACCUCGAGAUAUUAUCUUAGAUAUGUGUGCAGCCCCGGGAAAUAAAACUACGCACAUUUCCGCGUUAAUGAAAAAUGAGGGAACGGUGAUUGCAUUAGAAAAAAAUAAAAAUAAAUUUGACAAAUUGCUUUCAAAUAUUAACCUAUUUGAUGCCAAAAAUGUGAAAGCAUUUUGUUUUGAUUCAACUCAGGCUGUAUGUGAAUCAAAAGAUAAACCUGUUUUUGAUGGACCCCCUUUUUCUGAAGAAAGUUUUGAUAGAAUCUUACUUGAUGGACCUUGCAGUGCAUUAGGCCAGAGACCUCAAAUAUGUAAUCCAUUAAAAUUAUCUCAGUUACGGUCUUAUGUACCUUUGCAGAGGAAACUAUUUUCUGCGGCUGCUCGGCUUCUUAAAAUUGGCGGAAAUCUCAUGUACAGUACGUGCACCAUCACGAUUGCGGAAAAUGAAGGUAUUGUUUCUUGGGCGUUGAAAACUUUUCCCAAUUUGGAAUUAAAAUCCAUUAAGAAAAAUUUAUUUGAUCUAAAAAUCGAUGGAAUAGCAUCAGUAGGGUAUAGCGUUGACGGAUUGUCAAUUGAACAAUCCAAUAAUUUAUGUAGAUUUGAAACAAAAAAUGAGUAUGUAGGUUUUUUCAUAGCAUGCUUUACAAAAAAAUAUGAUUGUUUAUGAAAUGAUUGGUGAGGUUUAAAGAAAUUUUCAGAAUUAUUUACAACUAAGACAAUUUAAAGUGUAUUCAUUACUUAUAUAUAAUUUUUAUUUGUAUAGAGUUAGAUACUCACGUUAUAAGCGAUGUAAUCCAACUGUUAAUAUUCGAAAGUCUAGCAAUGGCAAAUUUUGUAUUUCUAACUACAGAUCUUAAUUUUUAAAAAAAUUAUUUGGAAACUAAAUGUUGCGUGUGAGUAACACGAGUAAAAACGUAUACAGUCCACAAAAGUGA